UAUAAAUAAAAUCUUACCACCUUGUUAAUUUCCUCCAAAAUCACUCUUCCCUUCCUUUUUCGAAUGUUUUUACCGUUACCAUAAACCACUCAAUAGACAAAACUAAGAAGUGAUUUAUUACUUAAUUACCACGCAAAAAAGAUUCAUAUUUACACAAAAAUGACAAUGACAUUUAGACUUGUGUCUCUUGCCGUCGCGGUCUUGGCCGUAACCACCGUAUUCGCCGCCGAUGCUCAAACACCCGCCGGCGCGCCCAAACCUAACGGCGACAAAAGCUCACCCACUCCUCCCCCCGCUGCCACGGGUUCACAAAAACCAACCUCGCCGCCAAAGGCUUCUGCUCCUACCACAGACAAGAAGAAUGCCACCACCACUCCCAGCGCUUCCCAAUCUUCAGGUGGUGGUGCCCCCGCAAAACCUCCUACGUCAUCUUCCACCAAGUCUCCAGCUUCGAGCUCCGGCGAUAACUCCAAAGGUCCCACCAGCUCGUCUGACUCACCCUCCACCUCUUCUCCUCCAUCUCCGACACAAGACACGACUCCGUCGUCGUCCACCGACGAAGGAAACGCCAGCGAAGGCCCUGAAGCUUCAGCUCCUACGGGAAGAGCCUCGUCGGUCGAGAUCUCAGUCUCCGGAUCUGCUCUCGCCGCCGUUGCAUGGUUCUUCUUAGUAUGAUUGAAAAUUUCGUAUUACGUUAAUUAUUUUGGUUCUUUUAAAAAGGUUUGCGCUCCGGCUCGAUUUUCAA